AUGUUCAUUGCAGGAUGGACUGGCACAAACGAGCGCACGUUCAUCGCAGUGAAGCCAGACGGAGUUCAGCGCAGACUGGUGGGUGAAAUCAUCCUUCGCUUUGAACGCAAGGGUUUCAAACUGGUCGGCAUGAAGCUCCUGCAGGCAUCAGAGGAGCAGCUCAGACAGCACUACAGGGACCUGAGGGAGAAGCCAUUCUACGGUGGCUUGAUCAAAUACAUGAGCUCUGGACCCAUUGUUGCAAUGGUAUGGCAAGGGCUGGAUGUGGUAAAGACUGCCAGAAAGAUGCUUGGAGAGACAAAUCCAGCAGACUCUCUCCCUGGCACUAUCAGAGGAGACUAUUGCAUUGAAGUGAGCAGGUUAGUUUGUGUUUUAAAUG